CCUCAGGAGGUGCGCCUAUAUAAAGGCGCGCCGUCCAACCCAGAGAUAUUGUCACAUUUUCCCUCCUCCACCACCAACCAGUGUCUUCUCAAUUGCACCAUUUCCUUUUGUCUUUUUCCUUUUCCUUUUUCUUUUUCCUAUUUGUCGUCUCUUUCCCCCCUUUACCUCUCUUCUUUCUCCUCCAAGAUGCACUUCACCACGUCAACCAUCGUCAAGGCCGUCCUGACCGUCUCGCUCGCCAGCCAGAUCGCCGCCCUGCCCGCCCCACAGGCGCUGACGGACGAAUUGCAAGCCCGAGCCGUUGGGCCCCAGGAGCCCAAGAUCCUACCCCGUAUCCGCAGCGGAUGUCUCCCGGGCGGGAGGGGUUGUGCGGCCAGGGAGGUCUCCAUUACCGACCCUAUCAUCUCGACCAAGCCGCGCAAGGGGGGCGCCCGUGCCAUUAAGCGCGAUGUUGCGCCCCAGGAGCCCAAGAUCCUACCCCGUAUGCGCAGCGGAUGUCUCCCGGGCGGGGGGCGUUGCUCAGCCAGGCAGCCCUCCGUUAUCGGCACUAUCGUCCCGACCAAGCCCAAGGGGAACAUCCGUUUUCUCAAGCGCGAUGUUGCGCCCCAGGAGCCCAAGAUCCUACCCCGUAUCCGCAGCGGAUGUCUCCCGGGCGGGAGGGGUUGUGCGGCCAGGGAGGUCUCCAUUACCGACCCCAUCAUUUCGACCAAGCCCAGGGGGAACGCCCGUACUCUUAAGCGCGAUGUUGCGCCUUAGGCUGCCGAGCCCCAUGUUCACGCCCGAGCCCCCUACGCUCCCGGGUGUCUCCCGGGCCCGACUGAUUGCUAGAAGGCGGGUAGGGCCAAGAAUGCGGGGAGCAUCAAGCCUGACACCAAGCCGGUCAGGCAAGGCCGGUUUUAAGCGCGACAUUGCUCCGCAGCACUGCCGCUGAGUAGGAGCCGGAGGAGGCGAAAAGAUCCGUCCUUGCUCAGAAGUUUAUAUCCUACGCCUUGCCGAGUUUGGUCGCCCACGAGGGUCGAAGUGGGAAGCACCGCGCGCUCGAGACCCGUGGUCCGUAAAGAUCCCGUUUUGGUAGGAGGGAUUGGAGAGGUUGAAGUUUGUCUGGGUACGCGUUUUUAUUUCUAUUUUUCGUCCGCGAUAUUUUGGUCAGCGAAUCUCACGUAUCACAUUGCGGGCUCCUAGCGUCUCAUAAAGAAAAUACGAUAUGCGUGUUAGGCCAA